AUGACCCCCUGCUAGCAGAUUGUCUGCCUAAAAGGUCAGUCAGCAAUGGCUGCAGCAGAAAUUCCCAGUUACAUUGUCUCUUCUCAGACUGAAAAACACAGGAGGGCCAGAAACUGGACUGAUGCAGAAAUGAGAGGUUUAAUGCUGGUUUGGGAAGAAUUUUUUGAUGAGCUGAAACAAACUAAAAGGAAUGCCAAAGUUUAUGAGAAAAUGGCUAACAAACUCUUUGAAAUGACUGGAGAAAUUCGCCACGGAGAGGAAAUAAAGAUAAAAAUUACAAAUAUGACAUUCCAGUACAGGAAAUUAAAAUGCAUGACUGACAGUGAGACUGUUGCACCUGACUGGCCUUACUACAAAACCAUUGAUAGGAUCUUAUCCAAAGUGACAGACCACAGCGAUGUGAAAAUGCAUGAAAAUCAGCAGCCGGGUCCUUCUACAUCCCAGACAGAGGCCUCACAGUCUCCAUCAGCUAAGUCUACACCUCUGUAUUUGCCAUAUAACCAGUUUACAUAUGAAGGAAGGGAAGAGUGCUUUGAAGAUGAACACUCAGAGAGCUCGUCAAGCUUGCUUUCUUACAAGCUGAGAGCUGAAGAAAGACCAGUUAAGAAAAGAAAAAUGCAAAGCUGCAGCUUUCAAAAGAAGAAGCUCAAAUUAAUGGAGGCCAUGUUGGAAGAACAAAAGAAGUUGAGUAGAGCUAUGGAAGAAACCUGUAGAGAAGUGCGCAGGAUUCUGGAUCAGCAAAACAUCAUUCAAGUUCAAAGUUUACAGUUACAGGAAAGAAUGAUGAAUCUACUGGAGAAAAUGAUCUCCAAAUCAAACGUGUAGUUUCCUUUGCGAAUGCCUCUGAGAUGAGUAUUGAUAUUAUAGGUAUCCCAUUAUUGCACACCAUACGUGUGUCUGUUGACCUAUUCCCAGGUUUUCCAUGGAAAUUAAAUCCUUAGUGUAAUCUUAGUUAAGCAAAGAGAACAGAUAAUGCAGGGUGAGAGCUAUCCAGUAUGAUAAAAUUAGUGCAAUAUAUGCCUAAGUUGACUUAUUUUUAUACAGAAAGGUUAAGUGAUGAAUAGCUCUGGGAUCUUCCGUACUAUUUAUGCCUAGGUCAGGUACUGUUUUACAAAGAGUGGUGUUGUAUAUUGCUUCACAUCAAGAACUAUAGCUUGACCUGUUGUAGGAGAACAAAAUCAUGCAUUUCUAAACAUGGUAAUUGCAUCUUGAGUUUGCUGAUGAUUAAACCCUGUUUUGAAACAUAUGCUGUGAUUGUACAAGUAACCUAUGGUUCUUGUGAAGAGAUAGGUGGGACCACAAGAUACAUAGUUUUAAACUCCAUACCUGAUAUAAAUAGUACCCUAAAGUAUUAGGAUAAAAAUAGUCUAUUCAACUACACUUUUGAUAUAAAAAGAAACCCCCUAAACCACCUUACUAUAUACUGAAUACUAAAAUGUAUAGAAGAUACUUGAAAUUGCUUUUGAUACUAAAUGUUUAAUUUUUUUCAUUAUUAACUGGAAUAAGUUGACUUAAUGAACAACCAGCAAUGAAAAAUCUCAUUUAUUCUCUAUCACAAAAGAAAAAUAUUGUACUGUGUGUAUAUACAUAUAUAUAUAUAAUCUAUCAAAUGAAAUAAAGAGAAAGAAGAAAC